AUCAACUGGAUGUGAAGGAAACAAUUGCAAUAAAUGUGAAAAAUGCGCAUUUGCAUGGUUUCUGACUUCUUCUACCCGAGCAUUGGCGGCGUCGAGGAACAUGUAUACAAUUUAUCCCAAAUGCUGCUCGCACUUGGCCACAAGGUUAUUGUGUUAACUCACGCAUAUGGCGACUGCAGCGGCGUCCGCUAUUUGACGCACGGCCUCAAAGUUUAUUAUCUGCCGAUUAGGGUCUGUUACAAUCAGUGCAUUCUGCCAACAGCCGUUUGUAAUGUGCCCAUGCUGCGUGCAGUUCUGCUGCGUGAGCGCAUCGACGUUGUGCAUGGUCACUCUGCGUUCAGCGCCUUGGCGCAUGAGGCACUAAUGGUGGGCGCUCUGCUCGGAAUGAAGACAGUCUUCACGGAUCAUAGUUUGUUUGGCUUUGCGGAUUUGUCGGCGGCUUUGACGAAUAAACUCCUGGAGAUCACUCUAAGCAUGGUGAACCAUGCGAUUUGUGUGUCGCACAUUGGCAAGGAGAACACCGUUCUGCGAGCACGUGUGGCCAAGAAACGUGUUUCGGUGAUUCCCAACGCAGUGGACACCGCCCUCUUCACUCCCGAUCCCUGUCGUCGUCCGGCGGAUGGAAUUAUUAAUAUUGUGAUCGCUUCACGGCUUGUUUAUCGCAAGGGCAUUGAUCUGUUGGCUGGGGUCAUUCCACGCUUUAGGAGCACACCCAACGUACACUUCAUCAUUGUCGGCGAUGGCCCGAAACGGGAUCUGCUCGAGGAGAUCAGGGAGAAGACAAAUAUGCAGGACCGUGUGCAGAUCUUGGGCGCUGUGGAGCAUGCUCAGGUGCGGGAGGUCCUUGUGCGUGGCCAUAUAUUUGUAAAUACCUCGUUGACGGAGGCCUACUGUAUGGCCAUUGUGGAGGCGGCCUCCUGUGGCCUCCAAGUCGUUUCCACCAGCGUUGGCGGCAUACCAGAAGUGCUUCCGAGUAGUUUAAUCCUGCUCGUGGAGCCGGAAAUUGAAGCCAUCUAUUCAGCCAUCUUGGUGGCCAUCGAUAGGCAUGUGAAUCGUGUAGACAAUCCGCCGGAGAUGCGCUCCAAGCAGCGACGAGGUCGACGCAAAAAGCAUCUAAAGCAGAAGGAGGAGUUAAAGGAGGAUGAGGAAUCCCAGCCACGUCCAGUUGCAGCUGGUAAUUCUGAGGAACCCGUCCUCUGCCCACAUCGUUGUAAUGAGCUCGUGGAGACGCUGUACAACUGGGAGGAUGUUGCCCGGCGUACGGUUAAAGUCUACGAACGAGUGAAAAGGGAACCAGCUUUUACCCUCAGCGAGUUGAUCUUUGCCGUUUAUCAAUGUGGAGCUUGGUUUCUGGCCUUCCUCGUUGUGGGACACUUUACGCUGCUCCUGCUGGAACGUUGGCGUCCUCGCCGCCGCAUCGAGGUUGCCCAUGAACCGGACAGACAGUUGGAUUAGUAAUAGUUUCAAAUGUAUUCCAUUUGGGCUUCCAAACAUGCCCCAAAAAAAGAAAGAAAAUAACUGCCAUUUUUAUAGUUGGACAAUUUUAUCAAUUAUUUAAUUAAAUAUAUAUAUAUGACACCUUA